AUGGCUUCACUUGUUUAUUCUCCCUUCACUCUAUCCACUUCUAAAGCAGAGCAUCUCUCUUCGCUCUCUAACAGUAACAAACAUUCAUUCCUCCGCAAGAAAUCCAGAUCAGCCAAACCAACGAAAUCCUUGUUUAAUGUCAAAUCUAUGGUCUCGGGAAACGGCCUCUUCACGCAGACAAACCCGGAGGUCCGCCGUAUAGUUCCGAUCAAGAGAGACAACGUUCCGACGGUGAAGAUCGUCUACGUCGUCCUCGAGGCACAGUAUCAGGCAUCUCUCACGGAGGCCGUGCAGUCUCUCAACAAGACAUCGAGAUUCGCGUCCUACGAAAUCGUUGGAUACUUGGUAGAGGAGCUUCGUGACAAGAACACUUACAGCAGCUUCUGCAAGGACCUCGAAGACGCCAACAUCUUCAUUGGGUCUCUGAUCUUCGUCGAGGAACUGGCGCUUAAAGUCAAGGAUGCGGUGGAGAAGCAGAGAGACAGGAUGGACGCGGUUCUCGUCUUCCCUUCCAUGCCUGAGGUAAUGAGACUGAACAAGCUCGGAUCUUUCAGUAUGUCACAAUUGGGUCAGUCCAAGUCUCCCUUUUUCCAACUCUUUAAGAGGAAGAAAGCAGGCUCUGCUGGUUUCGCCGAUAGCAUGUUGAAGCUUGUUAGGACUUUGCCUAAGGUUUUGAAGUACUUACCCAGUGACAAGGCUCAAGAUGCGCGUCUCUACAUCUUGAGUCUACAGUUCUGGCUCGGAGGGUCUCCUGACAAUCUCCAGAAUUUUGUUAAGAUGAUCUCUGGAUCUUACGUCCCGGCAUUGAAAGGUGUCAAAAUCGAGUAUUCGGAUCCGGUUUUGUUCUUGGAUACCGGAAUAUGGCAUCCUCUUGCACCAACCAUGUACGACGAUGUGAAGGAGUACUGGAACUGGUACGACACUAGGAGGGACACCAAUGAUGCGCUCAAGAGGAAAGACGCGACCGUUGUCGGUUUGGUCCUGCAGAGGAGUCACAUUGUGACUGGUGAUGAUAGUCACUAUGUGGCUGUAAUCAUGGAGCUUGAGGCUAGAGGCGCUAAGGUGGUUCCUAUUUUCGCAGGAGGGUUGGAUUUCUCUGGUCCCGUUGAGAGAUAUUUCGUAGACCCGGUGUCGAAGCAGCCCAUCAUAAACUCUGCUGUCUCCUUGACCGGUUUUGCUCUGGUGGGUGGACCCGCGAGGCAGGAUCACCCGAGGGCUAUCGAGGCCCUGAAGAAGCUUGAUGUGCCUUACCUUGUGGCAGUACCACUGGUGUUUCAGACGACUGAGGAAUGGCUAAACAGCACACUUGGUCUGCAUCCUAUCCAGGUGGCUCUUCAGGUUGCUCUCCCUGAGCUUGAUGGAGGGAUGGAGCCAAUCGUUUUCGCUGGACGUGACCCUAGAACUGGAAAGUCGCAUGCUCUCCACAAGAGAGUGGAGCAACUCUGCAUCAGGGCGAUUCGAUGGGGAGAGCUCAAAAGAAAAACUAAGGCAGAGAAGAAGCUGGCGAUCACCGUUUUCAGUUUCCCACCUGAUAAAGGAAAUGUAGGGACUGCGGCUUACCUCAACGUGUUUGCUUCCAUCUUCUCGGUCUUGAAAGACCUCAAGAGAGAUGGCUACAAUGUUGAGGGGCUACCUGAGACUGCAGAGACUCUUAUCGAAGAGAUCCUUCAUGACAAGGAGGCUCAGUUUAGCAGCCCUAAUCUCAACGUUGCUUACAAAAUGGGAGUCCGCGAGUACCAAAGCCUCACUCCUUAUGCAAACGCCCUGGAAGAAAACUGGGGGAAACCUCCGGGGAACCUCAACUCAGAUGGAGAGAAUCUUCUUGUCUAUGGCAAAACGUACGGCAACGUUUUCAUCGGUGUCCAACCUACAUUUGGCUAUGAAGGUGAUCCCAUGAGGCUGCUUUUCUCCAGAUCAGCGAGUCCUCACCACGGUUUUGCUGCUUACUACUCUUACGUAGAGAAGAUCUUCAAAGCUGACGCUGUUCUCCAUUUCGGAACACAUGGUUCCCUCGAGUUCAUGCCUGGGAAGCAAGUGGGAAUGAGCGACGCUUGUUUCCCGGACAGUCUCAUCGGGAACAUUCCCAAUGUAUACUACUAUGCAGCCAACAACCCCUCUGAAGCAACCAUCGCAAAGAGGAGAAGUUACGCGAAUACAAUCAGUUACUUGACUCCUCCAGCUGAGAACGCUGGUCUAUACAAAGGGCUGAAGCAGUUGGGCGAGCUGAUAUCAUCGUACCAGUCUCUCAAGGACACCGGGAGGGGCCCACAGAUCGUCAGCUCCAUCAUCAGCACUGCUAAGCAAUGCAAUCUUGACAAGGAUGUUGAUCUUCCAGAUGAAGGAGCGGAUCUGCCAGCUAAAGAGAGAGAUCUUGUGGUUGGGAAAGUCUACUCCAAGAUCAUGGAGAUCGAGUCAAGGCUUUUGCCGUGCGGGCUUCACGUCAUUGGAGAGCCUCCAUCCGCCAUGGAAGCUGUGGCCACACUGGUCAACAUUGCUGCGCUAGAUCGCCCUGAGGAAGGGAUUUCGUCUCUUCCUUCUAUAUUAGCUGAGACUGUUGGAAGGCAGAUCGAAGAUGUGUACAGAGGAAAUGACAAGGGAAUCUUGAGCGACGUAGAGCUUCUCAAGCAGAUAACCGAUGCCUCCCGUGGAGCGGUUUCCGCCUUUGUGGAGAAAACAACAAACAGCAAAGGGCAGGUGGUUGAUGUCUCUGAUAAGCUAACCUCGAUUCUCGGUUUUGGAAUCAAUGAGCCAUGGGUUGAGUAUUUGUCCAACACGAAGUUCUACCGGGCGAACAGAGAUAAGCUCAGAACAGUGUUUGGUUUCCUUGGAGAGUGCCUGAAGCUGGUGGUCAUGGACAACGAACUCGGGAGUCUAAUGCAAGCUUUGGAAGGGAAGUACGUUGAGCCAGGUCCAGGAGGUGAUCCCAUUAGAAACCCGAAGGUUCUACCAACCGGUAAAAACAUCCAUGCCUUGGAUCCUCAGGCUAUCCCCACAACAGCAGCAAUGGCAAGUGCCAAAAUUGUUGUGGACAGGUUGGUAGAGAGGCAAAAGGUUGAGAACGAGGGCAAGUAUCCGGAGACGAUCGCGCUUGUUCUUUGGGGAACUGACAACAUCAAGACAUAUGGUGAGUCUCUUGGCCAGGUUCUUUGGAUGAUUGGGGCGAGACCAGUAGCUGAUGGUCUUGGAAGAGUGAACCGAGUCGAGCCUGUGAGCUUAGAAGAACUCGGAAGGCCGAGGAUCGAUGUCGUUGUUAACUGCUCAGGAGUCUUCCGUGAUCUCUUUAUCAAUCAGAUGAACCUUCUUGACCGUGCGAUCAAGAUGGUGGCUGAGCUAGAUGAGCCACUUGAACAAAACUUCGUGAGAAAACACGCGAUGGAACAAGCGGCGACGCUUGGCGUUGAUAUUAGAGAGGCAGCGACAAGGGUUUUCUCAAACGCCUCGGGGUCAUACUCAUCGAACAUCAGUCUUGCGGUUGAGAAUUCUUCAUGGAACGAUGAGAAACAGCUUCAGGACAUGUACUUGAGCCGCAAGUCUUUUGCGUUUGAUAGUGAUGCUCCUGGAGUAGGAAUGUCAGAGAAGAAGCAGGUCUUUGAGAUGGCACUUAGCACUGCGGAAGUCACGUUCCAGAACCUCGAUUCCUCGGAGAUUUCCUUGACUGACGUGAGCCACUACUUCGACUCUGACCCGACUAACCUCGUUCAGAGUUUGAGGAAAGACAAGAAGAAACCAAGCGCUUACAUUGCUGACACAACAACCGCAAACGCACAGGUGAGGUCACUAUCGGAGACAGUGAGGCUGGACGCAAGAACGAAGCUGCUGAAUCCAAAGUGGUACGAAGGGAUGAUGUCAAGUGGAUACGAAGGAGUUCGUGAGAUAGAGAAGAGACUGACCAACACAGUGGGAUGGAGCGCAACGUCGGGUCAAGUAGACAAUUGGGUGUACGAAGAGGCCAACUCAACAUUCAUCAAGGACGAGGAGAUGCUUGAGCGUCUCAUGAACACAAAUCCCAACUCCUUCAGGAAAAUGAUUCAGACUUUCUUGGAAGCCAACGGUCGCGGUUACUGGGAGACUUCCGCUGACAAUAUCGAGAAGCUCAAGGAGUUGUACUCUCAGGUGGAAGACAAGAUCGAAGGGAUCGAUAGGUAA